GGGAAAUGACCACUGUUCACGUACCCAGAAGGUAAACGUCACGCUAUGGAAAUUUUACGACCCACACUUAUCAAUAUAAAUGGAAGGAUUUACAGAAAAAACGCUAUUAAGGAGGAAUAUUACGAAGAGGAAGAGGAGGACGAUUUUUCUUAUUCAGGACCAGCCAGUGCCCACUUUGAAGAUGAACCGUGUGAUGCCCACAAAAUUGAACAAACAGAGAAGGGCUUCCGAUGUGCCAUUGACGUUCCCAGUGUUCUUUACAAAUACAUCAUUGGAAAGAAGGGUGAGACACGGAAACGUCUAGAAUCAGAAACCAAGACCUCAAUCAACAUCCCAAAGCAAGGAGUGGAGGGACAAAUUGUAAUCACAGGAGCUCAGAGGUCUGCAGUGGUGUCAGCUGUGACUCGUGUGGAGGUACUGAUGGAAAGUUUUCGCAGGAAACAGCCUUUCACCCACUUCCUGUCUUUUUCCCUCAACCACCCUCAUGUUCAGGAGGGUUUCCUCAGGUUUAAAGAGGAAGUGUUGGAGCAAUGUGCUCAGGACCAUGGAGUGGACCCCAGUAUCUUCCAGAACCCGGCCAAACUGCAUCUGACCGUGGGUACCAUGGCUCUGCUGAACGAGCAGGAGGUGACGCGGGCGAGCGAGGUGCUCCAGCAGUGUCAGGACUUCAUCAGGGAGAUAACUGGAGGGAAGCCGAUUCCUGUGGAAGUUUCUGGAAUCGAAUAUAUGAACGAUGAUCCCUCCAUGGUGGAUGUUCUCUACGCUAAAGUCCACGUCCAAGACGGUUCGGACAAGCUCCAGGCGAUCGCAGACAGACUGGUGGAAACCUUCGUGUCCUCAGGGCUGAUGGUUAGAGAGUGGGACAGAGUGAAGCUUCACGGGACAGUUAUGAACACACUGUUCAGGAAAGACCCCUCAGCGGAGGAAAAGGGAGGCCUUGACAGACAGAAUAUGAAAGACCGUGAAGCCUUUGAUGCAAGAAAUAUCCUACAGAACUUUGGCUCCUUUCACUUUGGGUCGUUUGAGCUGAACAGUGUGCAGAUAUCUCAGAGGUUCUCCACUGACUCCACUGGUUAUUACUCCUCUGCUGGACAGCUUGCCUUCUCUUGACAGACUCACA